CAAGUCUCCCUUGUCAACCUACCCACUGGAGAAGCUUUCUACCCAACUGGUUAUGCUACCAUCUCAGGAUGGGGCUCCUACUCCAACAUUUUCUUACCAGCAUUCCCCGAUGAGCUUCUGAAAGCUGAACUGCCAAUUCUUCCCGAGGAGAAAUGCUUCAAUGAUUACCCUGGAUCUGCAAUGCAUAAAACUAACAUCUGUGCUGGGGAGCCCAAUGGUUCCAAGGCUAUCUGCAGCGGUGAUUCCGGAAGUCCUCUUGUCCAGAAGAAUGCCAGUGGAGAGAUUCAAGUGCACGGAGUCACUAGCUGGACAUGGGUACCCUGUGGAACAGCUGGCAGGACCGGAGUCUUUGUCAAUGUGAUGCACUACCUCGACUGGAUUAGCGAAAAAAUGAAUUCUGAAUAAAUCUUCUCCUUGCACUA